AUGAAGACUUCUACCUCUUUUGCCAUUCUCGCUCUUCUCGCUAGCGCCGGUACCACCUUUGCUGCACCCUUGCCCCAUCACUCCAACCAUAAAAAUUCGGAUGUUGAGUCAGGUCACAGAGGAGGACAUCAUCACAAUCGUGCUGAACACCCAUCCAAUCAUCAUAUCCUCGAUGUCGCCGUCGAUGUAGAUAUGGAUACUCACAGGGGUAACCAUGCGAAUGGGAAACAUCACCAUGCCAGAGCGGAUCCUCUUUCUGUCACCAAGCCCCUGACUGGUGCUUUAGGUCUCCCUACAGCCGAUAAGCUUCCCAAUGGAUCUACGAACGGUCAUAAGAUGGGUAAGACCAAAGGAAACAAUGCCAUUCAGUCACUCGCCAAAACUCUCAGUCCCACAUCCGAUUCUAUCCACGGGUCACUGAAGCCCCUGAAUAGUGAUACUACCAAGGUAGGUCAACAGCUCAAUCAUCCUAAUUCAGGUAACAUCGGUCAUCUAGGUAAAACCGCCGACGAUGCUUUGGAACCUCAAGAAACCCAAAUUAGCAAAAAUGUCUUACCUCGAGAUGUGGUUUCCAGUGUAAUCGGGAGUAACGGUGUAGCAAAACCCGCUCAAACUGCUGCUACGGGAUUAGGAAACAAUAUCGCCACUGUCAACAAUAAGGGCAAAAACGAUAUGCCAGUUGCUGGCUCCGCUGUCAACCCCGUCACGUCAGGAAGCCAGAUUGUUCCUGUUGUCACCGGUGGACUGGGGCAGGGAGUGAAAACAGUAACUUUUGGCGGUGAUAACAUUGCUCCUCCGACUCUCACUUCCACUUUACUCAACUCGAAAGGCGGUGUAUUAGACCUGAACAAUGGACUGCUUGGACCCAAUGGCGGAGUGGUCGGUACUGCUGGGAAAGUCACUGGUGUGACUGGUACUCUGACCAAUGGACAGGGUGCUUUAGUCAAUUCUCAAACUGCCACUGGGACAGUGGGGAAAGUACCUGGCACCGUUGGGGGAGUAACCGACUCGGCCAACGUCGAUCCAGUCUCCAACCAGGCUUAUCAAAUCAACACUGAUGAUACCGAAUCCGAUGUGAAGACUGUUUCCGGAAAUGGGAUAACUCAAGCAAAUGAUCACGGACCCAAUCAGACGAAUGAGAAAGUCAACUCGUCUGCAUUCAAAGGCGAUGGCCUAGACCACCGAUUGAACGGACAUGGUAGUGAUGGGACCAAGGAUCGAACUACCGAAUUGAUCUCGGAUAACACAUCCAAUGUCAAACAGACAAGUCAAGAUACAAAUAGUAUCGAUUCUAACAAUACAUCGAAGAAUGUAAACAAUAUCAGCCCAACCGUAAAUGCAGUCACCACUUCUAAUGACAGCUCGUCAACUUCAGAAUUGAAGAAGACUAGUGAUGGGACUAUGAAGACAGUCGACCAAUCUACCGAUCAAGCUAUCCCGUCCAGCUCACAGAAGAAUACGGGUUCGCUGGUCACUGCCAAUAACGAUAACGCCAAUGCCAAGAUCAUCCAGACUCCUGGUAAGUCCGAUAAAAUAGCAGAGACCAAUACGAACGAUGUGACUGGUUCCAAGUCCAGUGGCGAUAAUGUGAAUAUCAAAGUUGCCGUUCCUCAACAUCAAGCUACCCAAAAUCAGGGAAACACAAGUGGUGCAUUGGUAAAUGGCAAUGGCAAUAAGAUUGGACCGAAUGAUCAGAGAGGGAAUGUAGUUCAGCAAGUAGGAGAUGGUAAAAUACUCAAACAGAAUAUCGUCAAUCCUUCUCCUUCUUCUGCCAAACUUUCAGCUUCUGCCACCAAACCUCAUUCGACAUCCACUUCUGCCCAUUUCCACUCCGCUGCGGUAUCACACUCCGCAUCCCCCAGUAAAGAUUCUAACCACCCAACAUCGGUGAGACCACAGGUGUUCGUGGAAUACACGAGCUUCGCUUCUUCCCCCAGCUCUACUAUCGCCUCUCAAUCCGCUUCUAUCGCCUCUACCACACCCUUGGCUCAGGCACAGGUACAGUCGGGCACGAUUCAAGUGGAUAAGAACAAACAAUCCACAACCGAUGUUAAACUCCCCUUAACGUCCUCCCUCCACCUGCCACUCCCUUCUACAACCUCCAAAACACUCAAGACAGCUGCCACCAAACCUCGUCAAGCGCAAGUGGCCUAUGGUCAAAAGGGCGAACAUGUCGUUGCGUGCGAUGGACAGAAACAUCAACCCAACGACAUGAUUGAUGAAUGUAUCAAAGCUGAUCUUUUAGAUUUCAAACCUAACCAAACUGAGGCCUGUCCAACUGACAUGCAACAUGAUAUUCAAUAUGGUCUAUCAACCGAUAUGUUGAAAAAUGAUCAACAAGCGAAUAAGGAAAUUCAAAAAUACGUCAGAUUAUGUUUGAAAGCUAGUGCUCUGUAA